UGCAGGAAACCAACUAGCAGGAAUAAUACAUAGCUAAGUGUUUUUCUCUCCUAUAUGAUCAGACCUUCCCCUUCCGUCCCAAUGUUUACAGUAGAUAUAGCUUUAAGAAGAAGAUUUUAGGAACACAUACUGUUAUGCUGCUCUCUCUGGUCCAAAGGUAAUAUGUGGCUGUUCAGUAGACCCUCUAUGUGACUGGAUUACUACAGCUCCAAGGAGUCCACAGACGACACCGCCGCACAGAUGUGGGGUAGCAAUGCGUGGCUUUUGUAAGCACCCUUAUGAACAGUGGUGAGGGAGGGAGAGGAAGGGAUGGAGGAAGAGAGGGAGGACAGGAGAGAGAACCUGAAAAGAGCCACAAGCUGUUAUCCCAUCCUCUCCUGACCCUGGAAGUGAUUCCCUGUGAGGGGUUGUCCUCUUGAACCUUAGCCCGGGCCCCUGCCAAAGAGCCCCCCACCCUGAUCCAGACAGAGACAGAGCAGGGCGGUGCAGAGGGGACCGCAGGCAGAGAGGAGACCCCAGGAGGGGAGAGGGUUGGACACUCACAUGGAGGCAGACUAGAGGAAGAGAAGCUAAAGGAGAAGAAGGAGAAAGAAAGAAUAUUACUGGUGGAUGACAGAGAGGAAACGGUGGAGAGAGAGAACCUUGCACCAGCAUUUAGUAGCAAAGACAGAGGAGGAGAAACAGAGGGAAGAGGCUAUCUCAAACCAAAGCCAAACCAACUCCAAAUGUAGUCUAUUACCUCGACGGAGCCAGCACAGCUCUGCCUCCUGCACUGUUAUGGCCAGUGGCACACUGAACAAUAACACCCUCAUCACAGAGAUGAGAGAUACAAGAGGAGUGCAGGGCAGUAGUCCGAAUUUUCCUCUGAGCUUUAUUAAACCCCAGAAGUCAGCCCUGCUUGAGUACACCAGCACACCUGUUACGGAUGAUAGGAGGACAGACACCACUCACACUUCCCUUAUUGCCAAUGGAGACACCGCCAAAGUUCCAAAACCAAACAACAACCCAAAAGAGACAGAUGGAAAAAGAGAGGUAGAUGGAGAGAUAGAAGGAGAUAAGGAUAGAGAGAGAGAUGAGAAAUUAAAGACCGUUUCUAAAUACCUCCACCCCUCUCCGUCCUCACCUGGCUCACUGAACAGUCACAUGGCCUUGAUGCACUCCUGGAACUCCUGCAAGAUGCUCAAAUGCCCCAAAUGUAACUGGCACUACAAGUCCCAGCAGACACUGCAUGCCCACCUCAGAGAAAAACACCCUGCGUCUGGGGGCUUGUGUGUGUGUGGGGGCUCGGGGGAGAAGUGUGUGUGUGGAGUGUCAAGGGGUGUGUGUGUGUACUGUAGCACGGGGAAGGCCCACCCUCGUCUGUCCCGGGGAGAGAGUUAUGUUUGUGAGUACAAACCCUACCGCUGUGGUGUGUGUGAUUACACAACCUCCUCUAAAGGAAACCUCAGCAUACACAUGCAGUCAGACAAACACCUCAGCAACGUACAGGUAGCAGGACACACACACCCUGCGCACGGCACUCACACACACUCCGCACACAAUGGUGGCUACGCUGUCAGAGACACGGCAGGUGAACAGGGCUACGGACGCACACACCCCACAGUCACACAGCCCCCUGCACACACAACACCCUACCCCAGCCAGCCCCCUUCCCACGGUAAGAGGUGGCGGUGUGAGGUGUGUGAUUAUGAGACCAGCAUUGCCCGGAAUCUGCGCAUACACACCACCAGCGAGAAACACAUGCAUAACGUGCUGCGCCUGAAACAAACACCCAACGUGUUGCAGAGAAGCUACUACCUGGCCCACUGCAGGAGUCUGCCUCCUCAACUCACACUGCUACACAGCAUAGGUGGCGAACAGUCUUUGGAUAUGCAUCAACUAUCAGCAGAGGAGCCAGUCGCCCCGGAUUCAACCCUGACCCCCUCCCCCUCUCCUCCUCCCUCCUCACCAUCCCCUUCUCCAUCCUCCUCUCCCCCUCCUCCACUGUCUCUCUCCCCCUCUUCUCCUCUUUCCUGUGGUGUGUUCCAGUGCCUGGUGUGUUCCAGUUUCUCCUCUGACAGUCUGGAGUCUCUUAGGUCUCACCUGAGCGCCCCCUGCUCCCUGCCCCAGUCUGAGUGGCGCUCUCUGGUGGCUGGAGGCUGCUACUGCAGGCUGUGUGGCUACAGCACCCCCCUCAGGGCUAACUUCACCCUGCACUGCCAGACAGACAGACACAGGGCCCAGUACCAGCUGGCUUCCCACCUCUGGGAGGCCGGGGACAGGGAGGAAUUUGUGAAGUUGGUUGCUACAGGCAACCCAGUCCAGCUGAAGUGUAACUUGUGUGACUUCCAGACCACCAGCUUGGAGAAACUGAAAAUACACAGCAUCAACCCCCAACACCAGGCCAGCCUCAGARUCUCCAGGUUCUUACAGCAGUAUGACAGUGCAGUAGAUGGAGGGUCCUGGUUGUUCCAUUGUGUCCUGUGUAACUACUCCUCCUGUUCUAAACUCCACCUAUUGAGACAUACCCACUCCCCUGGUCAUCAGAAGAGGGAGCUUCACUACUUGCAGUUAGUGAGAGGGAGGAGCCUGGAGGAAGGGGAGGGGCUAGCGGCUACUUUCACCAUUAGGAAGUGUCCCAGUCCUGAGACAGGUGGAAGCAUUGCGGAGGGGGAGAGGAGAGAUUCCCUUUCUCCAGCCAAGCGAUCGUUCUCUGGGCUGGAGGAGACACAGAGCCCCCUCUCUCCCAAACGCCCCAGAACAGACCAGCGCACUACUCACCAACAGGCUACUGCCAAGUGCCCACUGUGCCAGGACACACUGGUAUACACACACCUGAGACGCCACCUCAUACUCAUACACAGUGUGGUCCAGGACUGUGUGGACAAGCUCAUGAGUAUGGUGGCAGUGGAGCUGCCUGAGAUUCUGCAGAAAGAGACACUGCAGAUGGAGUCCCACUCAAAUAUAAAGGAAUCUCAAACAAACGAUUGCAACACAAACAGCUCUUACACGAAGGAAUCCCUCACAAACGAGCCUCAAACAAAUGACUACCAUACAAAAAAAGAAAAAGUAAUCACAGCCAAAGAUGUCCCUGCUCUUCUGACUCCUCCCUGUAAGGACCAGCACCCAGCAGAGGACAACACCUCUCACCUCCUUGAGUCCCCCAGCUCUCCCCCUUCCCCACCCACUCUUUCCUCUCUCUCCCCCAGCAACCUCCCUUCAUCCACUUUACCCCCGUCUCCUCCCAGUGAUGCCCCUCCCCCCUCUGAUUGUCAUGGUUACAGGUUUCGCUGCGGCAGGUGCAGUCUAGCGGUCCGAAGGCAGAAGAAGCUGCAGAUGCACUGGCAGUACCACGCCAUGAGGGCGGCAACAGAGUGCCACCUCUGCCCCAGACGCUGCCGCAGCCAAGAGGCCCUGCAGAGACACCUGCUCAACACACACCUACAGGACCUACACCUACAGGGUACACACCCUGACCAGAGUGGAGCACACAUCCAACAACCAAUCAGCCUGGAGGGGGAGGAAGAGGAGGGGGAGAGUAUGAGUGAAGAAGAGACGGAUAAGGAGGAAGAUGAUGAGGAGGGAGAGCAGGGAAAGGGAGAUGAAGGAGAGGAGGAUGAAAAGGAUGACCCAGAUGAGGAGGAGAGGCCCAGUCCAGGGGUUAGUAAUAGUGACAAGGGUUCAGGGCAGCAGGAGGAGGAGACAGGGUCAGAACCCAGCCCCCUCAUCAAGGGCUCGAACCCGACUCUGGAGCGGUUCCUGGACCCGGCUCGGCCCUACAAGUGUUCCUUCUGCUGUGAGUCCUUCACUCAGAGAACCAUCCUGCUGGUCCACUAUAACUCUGUGUCUCACCUCCACCGAGCCAAAGCCAGACGGGCCCUGCAUGACUCCAGCCCCAGUCAUGCUGACACCCCCCAGGGCCUGGAACCAAGCCCCUACCGCUGCAGCCUGGCCCCUGACCCCAGGCCCUACCGCUGCAGAAUGUGUAGGGUGGCCUACAGCCAGAGCUCCACCCUGGACAUCCACCUCCGUUCUGUACUGCACCAGACACGAGCCCGUGGAGCUCGGACCCAGCUAUCACUGAACCCCCACACCCGCCAAACCCUAGUUCCAGCCUUGGUUCAGACCACUUCCUCCAGCCGUUCACCAGGGGGAGGAGAGGUAUCUACCAGGGGAACCACCCCAACAGCCACCAGAUCAGCCCCUUCCUCCCCAAGUCCCUGUUCCUCCCUCAGUGAAGCCCAGCUGAGUGUGGGUGUCUCUGGGAAGGCUGAGGGCCACCAGGCUAAGAGGCGGAGAGUAGAGGACCUGACAGCAUCUGGAGGACAGCAGGACCUAACGUUACUCCAACAGCAGGUAGCCCAGGCCCAGAUGCCACAACAGCAACAUAAGUUAGCCCAGGCCCAUAUAGAGGAACACACAGCCCUCCUCCAGCCCCAGCUCUUUAGUCCAACACUGCUCCCGCACCUCCCCUUACUGCAGCAGAACCUCUUAAAGCAGUUCCUCCCUUCAGCAGCAGAGAGUCUCCAACAGAGGAACCUCCUCUCUCCCCUCCAGUUCUCCCCAGACAGCCUGUUUUCUCUACAGCAGCAGAUGAUCCAGUCCUUCUACCUCUCUGGAGGUCUGCAGCUCAACCCUAACAUGAACUUUAGUCAGAUCACCUCAGCCCUCUCCCUCCAGACCAUCUCUGCCCUCUCCUCUCAGACAAAUGGGCUUAAACAUCCCUCUCCAAAGCUGGUGACAACUAGCAUCCAGUUUCCAGCCCAGCCCCCGAAAUGUGAGACUCAGGCUGAGACAGCUGACAGUGACUCCCCCCUUCACCAGACGGAGAAAGAGUCAAACCCAUCCUCCUCUCCUGAGGGAGAUGGAGAGAUGCAGGAGAGCAAGAAGAGGGAUGGAGCAGAGAAGGCUCUCAGAGUUCUGCUGGAGAGAUAUGGCUGGGAGCUGGCCCUGCAAUCCAAUCAGAGCAGACAGAGACAACAGAACAGAGAGACGGGUGGAUGCCCGGAGGAGGAGAAGCAGUGUGGAGAAUGUGGGAAGCAGUUCUCUGACUCUCUGAUCCUGAAGAGCCAUCAGGAGUUUGUUCACCAGCAAAUGAUCACUCCGGUAGUGUUGGAGACGUUCUCCAGACAGUAUGACUGCCUCUACCCCCUCACACCCUUCCCUGUGGCAGACAAUGAUAAUACUGUUGUUGCACGUCUAACCCCAGCCACAGCACCUGUACUUGCACCCUUACCCCCAGCACCAGUCUCUUAUUCAAGGGAUGAAAUGGGUUUGGGGAGGGACCAGUCUCUUAUCCAAGCCCAAUCCCUCUCCCAAGCCUCAGCCAUAGGUCCAGACCAAGCUGUACCCACCACACCAGCAUCUGUACCUGUAACCCUGUCCACAGACCAAGCCCCAGUUAAUUCCUUCUGCCCAGCCCAAGCCUCACCAACACCCUCUCCUCCUCCACCCUCUUCCCAAACACAACCACUUCCAGAGCAGCAGCAGGACACUAUGACAUCGACAACCACCUCUGCCCCCUCUCCAACUAUCAUACCCCAGUCCAAUCUCUCCAUGCAUUUCCCCUUAUCCCAACUCCCCCUGCCCCCUCUUCCUUUACCAAGCCUCCCCACUCUUCCCUUCCCCAUAGACCUCUCUCUCCUCCCCCUUGGUCUAAUGCAGCCCAUAGCACUCCAGUCUAUGCUUCAGUACCAGUCCCUGUUAUCAUCGGGCCACCAACCACCCCUAUCCCUAUUCACCAACGCUCACUCCACCCACAAACCAUCUCUACCCUCAUACACUAACACACACUGUGCUCCUAGCCCAUCUCUACCCCCAUACACUAACACACACUGUGCUCCUAGCCCAUCUCUACCCCCAUACACUAACACACACUGUGCUCCUAGCCCAUCUCUACCCCCAUACACUAACACACACUGUGCUCCUAGCCCAUCUCUACCCCCAUACACUAACACACACUGUGCUCCUAGCCCAUCUCUACCCCCAUACACUAACACACACAGUGCUCCUAGCCCAUCUCUAACCUCAUACACUAACACACACUGUGCUCCUAGCCCAUCUCUAACCUCAUACACUAACACACACUGUGCUCCUAGCCCAGCCCUGCCCUUUCUGAAGCGUAGGCUGGAGGAAGGGACAGCGGUAACGCCUAUGAGGGAUGUGAUGGACGGUGAGAGAGAGGAAGAGGGAGAGAGAGAGGGUGAUGAGCAGAGGAGGGAUAGGCGCCAGAGGACCACCAUCAGUUCGGAGCAGCUAGAGGUUCUGUACCAGCGCUACAGUCUGAACUCCAACCCAACCCGCUCUGUACUGGAGGGCAUCACCAGGGACACAGGCCUGAAGAAACGUGUAGUGCAGGUAUGGUUCCAGAACACCAGGGCUCGUCAGAGGAAGGGCCAGCUCCAGAGCCUGGGGAGAGGAGGAGGUCUGUGUCUCGGUGACAACCACAGGCGCUGUCCGUUCUGCAGGGCUCUCUUCAACGCUCAGAACGCCCUGGACGCCCAUGUCAGGGCCCACCACUGUUCACAGACUGACAGAGCUGCCUAUGGCUCAUUUCAUCAGAUGGGUCCUGCAGAUGACUCCAGCUUCUCUCACAACCAUUGAUCCUACAGAGACAGGGAGGGUCCCUCUCUCUCCAUCAAGCCUUUUCCCUCUCUCCCACCAUCCUCCUCUCUCUCCCUCCCUCCAUCCCUCCCCAAACCCAUUUCAUCCCUCCCCAAGCCCAGGGGGCGUCCCCACUGAGAGAACAUACAUUUCUGGGAAAACCGAUUUGUCCUUUGAUCUGAACAAACCCCAAAUUGAAGAGGAGGAGAAAGAAAAGGAAGAGCAUCUGUCAGUAAAAAUAUUCCCUUCGUCUGACCAGGCUCAUGAGGGUAACCGUAGCAAUCUGUUGUCUCUGGGAUACAAUUAUGGAAUGGCGAGCUUCAACGUUCAAGACUGUGACCAGAACACCAGUCCAAGUCUGUCUGAGUGUGGAUAGGCAUGUACCGAGACAGCAGCAGAGGCAGUGUGCCCAGAUGACCCACUAGCAGGUUGCCCAACUCCGUCUGCUACAGGGAGCAACUCAGCCCCCUGCGGUGUGAGGGUCUGGCAUGCAGGGUAGUGCAGGUAUGGUUUCAGAAUAACCGGGCCAAAGAGAAGAGGGCCAGGAGCCUUAGAGUCGACCCAACCACAGGAUAGAGAGAAAGACUGCAGAGGACAGGGGAGAGAACACACAGCCAUGAAACAAGUGCACGUCAGUCACAACAAUGAACCAACCACACACACAGCGRUGAACCAACCACACACACAGCGAUGAACCAACCACACACACAGCGAUGAACCAACCACACACACAGCGAUGAACCAACCACAUGCCCAAGAAGCCAAAGAUCAUUCUACCAGUGUACCUCACCCCUUCCUCAGCCCAAAAACAUCACAGGGCAGACCUCCUAGAGCUUUAAGACACCACUCCUCUGUUCCUCCCUCUCUCCUCUCCUGUCCUUUCUUCCAACCGAUACCUCAGGAGUUAACCCCUCCAUGCCAACAGAUGUCCCUGUCGAGACCAUAUCAUCAUAUCAAUCUUCCCACUUCUGUUUAAAGACUUUACUAGUAUUGUAGUUCUGUUGCAAGUACGAACAGAUUCUAUCAAGAUAGUCUAAGACGUUUGGUGUAUAGAACGUUCUUUCAAAGUAAAAGAACUGAAAGAAACAAAAAUAAAGAAUAUUCUUCACAAAGAGCUUCUGCAAAGACUGGCUUGGAUUCCAAAGCUUGUAACCAAAACCUUACAUGUCCUUGGAUUGUGUUGUCAACAUGGUGGUUUUCAUUUCCUGAACUGCAGUACAGACCAUACAGUGAAGGGUAGAUCUGAGAGCGGUGUAGUACCAGGUGUGCACCAAAAGACUGACUGGCCUAUGUGGUGCCGAAGCAGACCUCAACCUUCUCAAGCCAAUGAUGACUCUAAUGCACAUGUAAAUGUUCCUUAUGUGGAUAAUAGGCCAAAUAGCACUGAGCUAAGUCCACUUUGUCCUUUAAGAGAGACGUCAUAUAAGAAGCUAUUUUGAUAAUGUCCAACCAAUAUAUGUCACAACAACUCCAACCAAACAUUACACAACAUUGUUUAGUAAAUGUUAAUGAAUAUGAAUAUUAUGGAUUGACAGUUGUUGUUAUGCUUUGAUAAGACAAGUGUUAUUUUGUGGUUUAUGAGAACAUAAUGUAUGCGUUAUGAUGUGGAGUUUAGGUAAGAUGUUACCACGCACUCUAACCAUCUCUCUUUCUGUGUAUGACGUCUUCUUACUCUCUCUGUAUUAAUAUUACUGUAGUAAUUAUGAUGAUGAUAAUAACAGUAAUAACUAUGCUAAUAUAUAAUGCUUUAAAACACAACCCAAAGACAUAAUAACACUGUAACCAUUGGUGCAUAAAGCCCACAAAAACAACUUGAAAAGUUAGCUUGAUAAUGUAUAAUUGAAUGAUGGAAAGAAGAGAGACUGUAUAAGAACUGCUGUAUCUGCCUCUUCACCAGGCCACUGGUGACUGUAUACUGAAAUCUCCAUGCAACCUACUACUGUACUAGGAUGGAGUAGCACUUCUCAAAGCCAAACUCCCCAGGCCAUAGUGCACUAGGUAUAUGAGUACUCAGUAGGGAAUCAAACCCCAGCCCCUAGUGUAUUUAGUAGAAGAGUACUCAGUAGGGAACCAAACCCCAUUCCCUAGUGUACUUAGUAAAAGUACUCUACUCAGUAGGGAACCAAACCCCAGCUCCUAGUGUACUCAGUAGGGAACUACUUCAGAGCCAUUGCAGUAGAUUGGUUGAAAUUCUUUCCUCAAUGUAACCAACCAGAUAGAUUGUUUCAACUCAGUCGUUGAGGACGUCCAGUUUGCUGCUAACGUAUUUUGUAAUAUUGUAGUAACUGUUAUAUGAUGCAGUUUAUAACCUGACCUUUAAUUCUGAUGUUAUCAAAGAGAUACUUGGGGCUCCAGUAUUUACUCAUUAAUGAAUUACUAUGUGACAGUGGUUUCUAAACAAAGCUACAAAGAAGAUAAGAUACUUCUAUACUGAAGAUCCUGCAUAGCUAUGCUUUGCAGGUUAGAUUGUAUCUAGCCCUAAACCUUCCACAGGUAUGUGUACCAGUCUGUUUCUGCUCUUGUGUCACUGGCUUGUUUAGCCAUGUAGCUAGCCAUGUUUGUCUCUGCUUUAGGCCAGGCAACAAUGUAGCCAUGUAGUGACAUAGACACUAUCCAUGCAGCCAUGUAGCGGAGUAGCCACAUAGUCAUGUAGCCACACAGAUUGUAACAAUGUAGCCAUGCAGCGAAACUGGACACAGAAACCAGGCUAAUCUUCCAAAGGAUGCUAACUAACUCAGUUUUAGCUCUAAAACUAACCACAAUACCAAUGAUCUUUUUCUGUACUGAAAUUCCAAAUACUGUACUACAUGGCAGUUAUGUACAUAUUGUUGUUUUGUUCCUUUUCCUCAUUUGAUCAUUUAACUGUAAGAUGUAAAUAUUGUGUUUUGUAUUGUUCCCGGAGGCUGUUGCCAUAGUGAUAAACAAAAUAUACCUGUGUUGUGCACCUGUCUCAGUCUCUUGCUCCAGUGGUUGUUUGUUCGUUCUCCCCAGUUCUCCUACAGAUGUUUUCUCCCCCUCCYCACUCUAUAGCCACUGAGGUAAAUAAAGUCUGGUUUGGUGUACA